GCAUUUGCUGGUUCCUGGUCGGCCAUGGAGAAACUGAAGGUUCUGUUUGCUGCUAUCGUGUCUCUGGGAGCGGCCUCAGCAGCCUCUCUCGGCGUGGUACAAACAGAAGGUGGCGCCGUUCAGGGAAAAAACAUCCCCCUCGGUCUUUUCCGCUCUGUGGAUGUUUUCAAAGGAAUCCCCUUUGCGGCCAAACCUGCAACAUUUGAGAAACCAGAGCGUCACCCCGGCUGGGACGGUAUACUGAAGGCGACAAAGUUUGCUCCGAGAUGUCACCAGAUCAGCAUGCUGCAGACUUCAAGUUUUGGUAGUGAAGACUGCCUCUACCUCAACAUCUGGGUUCCUCAAGGCCGACAAGUGUCUUCAGAUCUCCCCGUCAUGAUUUGGUUUUAUGGAGGAGGCUUCAUGGUCGGUGGUUCUAUGGGGCCAAAUUUUCUCAACAACUAUCUGUACAGCGGACAAGAAAUUUCAACCAAGGGAAAUGUUAUUGUGGUGUCAGUGGCGUACCGUGUGGGGACUCUGGGCUUCCUCAGCACGGGAGAUUCUCGCUUACCUGGAAACUACGGUCUGUGGGACCAGCAUGCCGCCAUUGCCUGGGUCUACAGGAACAUCCGCUCAUUUGGAGGAGACCCUGAAAACAUCACCAUCUUCGGGGAGUCUGCAGGUGGAGUUAGCGUCAGCUUCCAGACUCUCUCCCCCCAUAACAAAGGGCUUUUCAAGAGAGCCAUCUCCCAGAGCGGUGUUGCCCUCUGCCCCUGGGCUCUGAACAGGAACCCAGGCAAGGUUGCAAAGGAGGUUGCUGAAAAUGUUGGCUGCCCCACUGAUGACAGGAUGGUGGCCUGCCUGAAAUCAACUGAUGCUAAGACUCUCGUCAUGGCUGCUCCCCGCAUCAAAUUCGGCACCCCAGACUAUCCCGCUGUGAAAUACCUGGUUUUGUCUCCUGUUGUUGAUGGAGACUUCCUCCCUGAUCAGCCUGCCAACUUGUUCCAGAACGCAGCCGACAUCGACUACCUCGCAGGGGUUAAUAACAUGGAUGGACACCUCUUCUCUUCGAAGGACAUUCCUUUCUUUAAUAACAAGACUCAAGACACUCCUGUAGAAGAUGUAAAGAGGCUCCUUGGUGCUUAUACCAAAGAGAAAGGGCAAGCUGGUUUGGAUAUUGCCUUCGCUGAGUAUUCGUCCAACUGGGGAUCAACGCCCAGCCAGGUCAGCAUUAAGAGAGCUGCUGUGGACAUCGGGACUGACUACGUGUUCCUGGUUCCUACACAGACUGCCAUCUACCUGCAUGCUGCUAACGCCAGGUCUGGGCGUACUUACUCCUACCUGAUGUCUGAGCCCAGUUUAUUGGCUCGACCAGGCAAACCGUACCAUGAAUGGGUGGGAGCCGACCACGCUGAUGACUUGCAGUAUGUGUUUGGUAAACCCUUCACCACACCAAAGGCUUACGGGGACAGACACAGAGACCUGUCUGGCUAUAUGCUUGCCUACUGGACUAACUUCGCCAGAACUGGAAAUCCCAAUGAAGGAAAGCUGAAGGUGCCCGUGGUCUGGCCUGAAUACACCAGCACUGGACAGCAGUUCCUGGAAAUCAACUCUAAAAUGAAUGAGAGCUCCAUCGGACAGGAAAUGAGGUUACGUUUUGUUCGUCUUUGGACCAGCACCCUUCCCAGCCUCCCAUCACACAAUGUCACAGAUGCACAGUGAUGCAGUUUUAGUGUUAAAAAAAGACAGUAUACAAAUGACAAAUAAAAUUACAAAUAAAAAGUG